CAUUGAACUCACUCCUAAAAAGAAGACGAUCCUCCUUGUGUUCACAAACAACACCACAACCCUUUUCUCUCUCUCUCUGUCUCUCUCACUCUCCCUCACCAAUACUAGCUAGAAAGGAAGAGGCCAAAACACCUUCUUUUCCUCUUGUUUGUUCCUACAUACCUGCAGUUUUGUCAUGAACAUAUAUAUAUAUAUAUAUCACCCUAAAUAGUUCUUAAUUGUUAGUCACUAUCCUUAACUAUAUAUACACGUGAAAAGAUGGCAUCACAUGCAGAACUAAGCAUGGAUUACAAGCCCUAUAGCUAUUCCACACUGCUGCAAUCAUUUACAGAUCAAACUGAUCAAACCUACAAGCUCGAAGAGUUCCUUUCUCGCUUAGAGGAAGAACGUCUCAAGAUUGAUGCCUUCAAGCGCGAGCUUCCUCUCUGCAUGCAACUCCUCACCAACGCUGUGGAGGCUUCAAGGCAGCAACUACAAGCCUUCAGAUCAGGCCAAGGCACAAGGCCAGUUCUUGAAGAAUUCAUACCCAUAAAGCACCAUCCAAACUCUCAAGAGAGCACUCAUGAGAAGGCUUCAAACAUAUCUGACAAGGCGAAUUGGAUGACAUCAGCUCAACUAUGGAGCCAAGCAAGCGAAGGAACCAAACCACAAUCCACAAUUACAUCACAAACAGAAGGAGCUGAUGUUGGCUUUAGCGUGAGCCCUAAGCUAGCCCUAGACAACAAACAUAGGAAUGGAGGAGCCUUUUUACCAUUCUCAAAAGAACGAAACGUUUGCCAAGGCUUAAAGGGUCUUCCUGAGUUGGCCCUUGCAUCUUCUGAGAAGGAAACGGAGAAGAAAUGUGAAGAGGAAGAGAAAUGUUCCAAAAGGGAAAAUUCAGGCACAGGAGGGUGUUGUGAAGAUCAGGGAAAAAGUGAUGCAGUUGCAUCUGAGGCACAAACAACGAAUACUAACACUACUGGCCAAACUCAUAGGAAAGCAAGAAGGUGUUGGUCACCGGACUUGCACCGACGGUUUGUUAAUGCUCUUCAAAUGCUUGGUGGAUCUCAAGUGGCCACCCCGAAACAGAUUAGGGAGAUGAUGAAGGUUGAGGGUUUGACCAAUGAUGAAGUUAAAAGCCAUCUCCAGAAAUAUAGGCUUCACGUUAGAAGACCAAUUCCAAGCCUACAACCCGGAGCAGCCACGCCUCAAGUUGUAGUUGUAGGAGGAAUUUGGGUGCCACCGGAAUAUGCCGCAGUUGCAUCCGCGGCACAUUCGGGUGGGCCCACAUUUUAUAGUCCACAUCUAACUCCACAAGCGCCACCUCCACACUACUGUGCAGCCACCCCAGUAUCACAAGAGUUUUACAAUACAGUAUCAUCGUUGUCGUUGCCACCACCGUCACAAGAUCAAACCAUCCACCACCACUUUCACAUGUUCAACACAGCACCGCAGACACAAAGCUCACCGGAAUCCGGUGUUCGGAGCGGUGGUGACAGGUCGGAGAGCAUUGAGGAUUGGAAGUCGGAGAGUAGUAGCUGGAAAGGAGAGAGUAGAGAGAAGAAAGGGUUAGCAGUACUAAGAGAUCAAGAAGGGGAAGAGAGUUUUGGGAGUGAGAUCACUCUUAAAUUCUAGGGCUUAUGUUGUCACUAUGAGCAUUAUAUUUAGAACUAGGGUUUUUUACUUUGAUUUUUUUUUUUUUACCCUUGCAUGAUCUGGAUCAUGCAUUCCAUGCUCAAUUAGUCAUAUAACAAGAGUGGAGGAAAGUAACAACAAAGGAGAAGAUAUCCUCAUAAUUUGUACUUUUCAGAGAGAUUUGUUUGUGUUGUAAACAAUGGAUUGGUGAAACCGUGAAGGUAACCAAGGGCAUAAAGUGUGCGCCUGUUUUGUUUCGCUUUGUGUGAAUACGUGAUGUUAACAACAUAAUAUGAAAGGAAGAGUUCCCUUCUA